AUGGGCGCAUGCGUAGAGCUUUCCGUCGGGGUGGGGAAGACGUUUGAGGCAAUCAAAGCCCCUGGGGCGCCUGAUUGCCUGACAGAGGUCGAUGUCAGCUUCACAAGCAAGAUCGAGCAGUUGGAGCAGAGUCUUGCAUUGCUAGAGCAGGACCAUAUCCACGUGGUCGAGGAGUGCGAACGCUUGAAAGUACAGGCGACAGAGAACGGGCAGCUCAGAGUGAGCGCGGAGAACGAGCUUGCGGCCAAGAAGGCUGAAUUGGAGUCCGCCCACUCUGUCAUCCAGGACUUGCGCCGGGAGCGGCAAGUCGCAUCUGAGUUGUCAGAGAGGUUGCAGCAACAGAGAGACAUUUGUGUACAGGAGAUGAAGGAGAUAUCCAGGUUGUUCGACAACGUCAGAUCUAGAUUAUGUACCGUUGCUGAACCUGCCACUGUGUGA